CGUCGCGACGUAUUAGUGUGGUGGGGUUUGGCGGGGGACGUCGUUACGCUCUGGUUUAGAACUAAAGUGCACGUUGAACUCCUUUAGUUAGUGCUUUGGAGGCCAACUAAGCAAACUCAAAGAUAGACGAACGACUCGACGACGCGCCGUACGACGGGACGACGAAGUACAUCGCGAUACGCCGCGAAGUGUGUGCUGUGAAGUGUCAAAGUGUGGGGUUAACUUACCUCUAUACGACCCUUGUUUGGAAGGCAGGGUUGGUGUCAAUGAUAUCAGGAUAACCAUACACAGAUAGCAUGGGAGUGGCGGAGGAUUUCGCUCCCAGCUUCUCUCAGAAGCCGCAGCUUAGGCAGGAGGAUGACGGGAACAAACUCGUCUUCGAGUGUCAGUUGCUCGCUUCCCCCAAACCGGAAAUUCAAUGGUUCCGAAGCGACACACUUCUUUCGGAAGAUAGUAGAACCAAUUUUAAAAUACAGUCCAUAGGAACAAAUAAAUUUUUAGUAAUAUUGGAAUUAGACGAUGUCAUCGAAACCGAUGCUGGCCUUUAUAAGGUUAAAGCUAAAAAUACGAUGGGAGAAGUGGCUGCUUCCAUUAAUCUUAAUUUCAGCCCUAUGGACGAGCCGAAAGAAAAACAAAUUGACGGUCUUGCACCAACUUUCGCAAAGAAACCAGCAAUUCGACAAGAGGAAGACGGUAAAAAACUGCUUUUUGAAUGUCGAAUUCAAGCGGAUCCCCGUCCAGUCGUCAAUUGGUUCCAUAAUAACAACCCUGUUAAAGAAACUCCCCGUCAUAAGUUGCGGAUAGACAAGGAUGGACAUUCGUACUUUGCAACCCUUGAGAUAAUUAAUGUCACGGUUGAGGAUGCUGGCAAAUACAAGGUCACUGCAAAGAACGAACUGGGAGAAAGUAACGCGACGAUUAGCCUCAACUUUGACAGCGAUGAAGCUCCGGUGCCUGAGCAGGAGGGCAUCAAGCCAACCUUCACCGAGAGACCUGUCAUUAGGCAAACAGACGAUGGUACUACCAUCAUGUUCGAAUGCCGGUGCGUCGGAUUCCCGAAGCCUGAAGUGCAGUGGUAUAACGGCAAGGAAGAAAUUAGGGAAGAUAGCCGGUAUGCUAUCUCGAUGGAGCUGGACCAGAAGCUUUACUACUUGGCCAGGUUGGAAAUCAGCAGCGUAGAAAAGACUGACUCGGGCGAAUACCGCGCUGUGGCGAAAAACAGGUACGGUACGGCGGUGGCGACCAUCAACCUUAACUUCGAGAGUAAUGAGAAGCCAAAAAUUCCCGAUGGUAAGGCGCCCCGGUUUCCUAAGAAACCCACUAUCCGCCAAGAAGGGGAUGUUCUUAUCAUGGAGUGCCUAUUGGAGGCAAAUCCAGAUCCAGAUAUUACUUGGUUCCAAAGCGAAAAAAGUAUCGCAGACAGUACGCGCGUUCGCAUGCUAAGGAAAACGACGUCGAACGAUACUUAUCUUCUUACGUUGGAGAUUACGAAUCCAACUCGUCUAGAUGGCGGGAAUUAUCGAUGUAACGCUUUCAAUCUCUAUGGCGAAAGUAACGCCAAUAUCGCUCUUAAUUUCCAAGGUGGAGAUGACGCUGCAGGUUUUGCACCUUCUUUCAUCGAGAAACCUAAAAUUAUUCCAAAUGAGAGCGGGACCCUUAUUACCAUGAAAUGCAAAUGCAAAGCGAAACCAAAACCAGAAGUUACGUGGUUUCGUGGAACCACGCUCGUGAAGGAAUCGUCCAAGACAACGAUUCGAGUCGUUGAUGUAGAGGAAGAGAUAUACGAAUUAAUCCUUGAAAUUAAGGAUCCGUCUGGUCCCGAUGGUGGUACUUAUAGAUGCCACGUCAGAAACGAAUUUGGUGAAAGUAAUGCUAAUCUCAAUCUGAAUAUUGAAGCCGAACCUGAACCCGAAGGCGAUGGUCCAACUUUCGUUGAAAAACCUAGAAUCACUUCGCACCAGGGUGGUAAAUUGGUCAUUAUGGAAUGCAAAGUCCGAUCAGACCCGUCACCUACCAUUGUAUGGUAUCGUGAGGGUCAAAAGGUAGUUGAAUCGACAAAGAUUAAAAUGAGCUAUGAAAAAGUAGAGGAGGCCGUUUAUUAUAUUAGAUUAGAAUUGAAAGACCCUGGCAUCGAAGAUUCAGGCCUUUACAAGUGCAAUAUAACAAAUACUUUUGGGGAGCUAAACGCAAACCUAACACUUAAUAUAGAAAUUAUACCAGUUAUUAAAGAGAAACCCAAGGUGAUUAAAAUUAUCAAAAAGAAAACAGUUAUUGUUGAAUGUAAGGUACUCAGCAAAUUUGCACCUGAUUGUACAUGGUUCAAGGAAGAUAAUGCUGUAAAAGAAGAUUCAAGACAUCAAGUUCAAGUUGAACAAGUUAAAGAUGGCGAAUAUGCUGUUAAACUUGAAAUCUCCGAGGUACAAAAAACAGAUAAAGGUAUGUACAAGCUGGUAGCUAAAAACGAAAAAGGAGAAGCUACCUCACAAACUGUUGAAGUAACAGAAUUGCCACCAGAAGAAAAACCGAAAGGUGAUAAACCAAAAUUAACCAAGUUAACCAAUAUUACCAUCGAAGAGGGCAAAUCUGCUGACUUUAUUUCCUCCCUAAAAGUCGCCGAUAAAACAGUCACGAUAAUUUGGUAUAAAGAAUCCACUAUUAUACGUGAAUCAAGUGAUACCAAAAUUACAUUUGAUGGCACUGUUACGCGAUUAAGCAUAACUAAAUGUAAAGUAACUCAUUCUGCCACCUACCGAGUAGUAGCUAGAAAUGAAUUUGGCGAAGAUGAAGCUUCUGCUAUUUUGACAGUCAAGAAGACAAAAGACGAGGAUGAAGAGGAGGAAGAAAGCAGCGAAGAGGAGAAGUUGGACAUUAAAACCAGAAAAUCUGAGAGUGCAGAAGAGUCAGAAGAAGAAUCAACAAAGGAAGAAGAGAAGGCAGUCCAGAAAAAAGUCGAGAAGACGGAAGAAAAGAAAGAAGCCAAAAAAGUGGAGAAGAAAAAAAUUGUAGAAAACCAGAAAGAUGAAGAAAAGAAGGAAGAGAAAAUAUUAGAAGAAAAUAAAAAAGAGAAAGAAACAAAAAAGGUUGUUAAAAAAGUUGAGAAGAAGGCCGAGGAUAAAAAGGAAGAAACAAAAGUAAUACAAAAGAAGGACGAUGAGAAGAAAGUUAACGAUAUCGACAAGAAAGAUAUUAAAGAGGAAUCAAAAACCCAAGAAAAGAAAAGUGUUAGACGUUCAUCUAUGCAAAAGACAGAAGAAAAAAGUGAAUCUCGCCGAAGCUCAGUAGUGCAAACGAAAGAAGAUGGCGAAACAAAAAUUUCUAGCCGCAGAUCAUCAUUAGUAAAAACGGAAGAACACUCUAAAACAGAAACCAAAUCGGAAUCUAGACGUUCUUCUUUAGCAGAUGAUAAGAAAAAGAAAGUUACAGUUGGUAGCAAAAAAUUGGAAUCAACGCCAGAGGCGAAAACACCAACAACAACCACAAAUAACAUAGACGACAUAUUUGGCAAACAAACCAAAACAGGUACAAGCAAGUCUGAACCAGAAAAACGAAAAUCAUCUCUAAAAGAUUUGGCUGAAGCAAAACCGUCAAUACUAGUGGAACAGGAUAAAAAACUCCUAUCACUAAACGAACCUGAACAAAAAUCGACUGAUUUAUCUCCUAAAGAAUCAUACGUAUCGCCAAAACAAACAGAAAAGACACCAUAUUUAUCACGAAAAGAAUCACUACCACCAAAUGAAGCAGAACUAAGAAAACGUACCUCCUUAACACCUUUGGAACCAGAAAGGCGUACGUCGGUUGGAGAACCCGAACGACGUACCUCGUUAUCACCGUCACAUACUGAAUCAUCAUCAAAAUACAAAACAACUGAUGCAUUGAAAUCCUCACUUACAAAUGAGCUAUCAAAGACUACUGAGACGCCACUUGAACCAUCUAAACUUGAGGUACGAGCACCUACGGAACGGAAGUAUUCCUUAAAUAAAAAACCUGACGAAGAACCUAUAAAUGAGUUAUCAAAAUUACAACAGACACGUGGUUUUCUCAAAAAGAUAAAAAGAGUGAUACCGCCCAAAGGUGAAGUUCAAAAAGGUAGCUUUAUGAAUAUACAAUUAAAACCAGUUCAAAAAGAAGCUAAAGCCUCCGAAAAAGCUACUAUAGAGGUUGACUUGAAGCAAGUAGAAGAAAAAAAAUUAACAAAAUCUGCAGCCCAAAAGGGCAAAAAAGGAAAUGGACCAGAUGAUAUUAGCGCAUGGGAAAAUAUUCCCGACUACGACAGACCUGUUCUAGAAACAUUCACACCUCAUGAUCACCCCGAUUAUGUGGGAAGAGAAAAGACUAAACUUAGCAAGGAUAAGCCUCAGCUGGUAGCCGAAGCAAAAGAAAAACCUGUUCUAUCAGCCGAGCAAAAAGCUGUUCCAACAAUACCUGAAAUUAAAACUCCCGAAGCGCCUAAAAUUGAGGUGAUUAGAGAAAGAACCCCAGAACCAAGGAAAAAGUCAUUAGAGCCAGUUCCUGGUGGAGGAAGUAGACGUGGUUCUCUUAUACCUCCUGAAGCCAUGGGUAGACGUGCUAGUCUUAUCAUUUCGGAUGAGGGAGGAAAAUUGCGUCCAGGGGAAGUCCUAGAUCCAAAGCGCCGUCGGCCAAGUGCUGAAGUUAGGAGGCCUAGUAUUGCAGAACUUGAAGAUAUAAUUAACAAGCCAUCAACUCCACUAAGACCAUCCGGCCGAUCAGGAUCACCACCCAGCAUCAUCGAUGUACAAGAGAAUUAUUCUUCAGUUGAAGAUCAAACUGCUUAUAUUACCAUACAAGUAGAAGGAGAUCCCCCACCAAAAUUCAAAUUCUACAAGAAUGUAACCGAAAUUAUAGAAGGGGGCCGAUUCAAAUUCGUAACCGAUGGAGAAAACAACCUUAUUACCCUAUGCAUAAGGAAAGUAAAGCCCAACGAUGAAGGUCAAUACAAGGUAGUUGUUUCCAACGUACAUGGAGAAGAUUCCGCUGAAAUGAUGUUAUACGUUGCUGGCGCUGGUGGUGUCGACUUUCGCUCUAUGUUGAUGAAGAGAAAAUACGCCAAAUGGGAUAAAGAUAAGGAGGAUCCAGACUGGGGCGAUCUCAAAGAAGUAGAAAAGCCCUUGCCAGCACUUAAGAAAGUGGAAAAGAAAUCUGAAACUUUCUUGAAACCACUAGUUGACCAAUAUGCGAAAGAAGGGAAAGACAAGAAAGUGGUUUUUGAAGCUGGAUUCUCCAAACCAAACUGUAAACCUAAAUGGCUUUUCAGGAAAGAUGAACUAUUCCAAGGAGCAAAAUAUAAAUUCAAGAACGAAAAUGAUCUCUACCAACUUAUAAUUGCAAAUCCGAAAGUCGAAGAUUCAGGCAAAUACAGUAUUGAAAUCGGUGGUGUGAGUUGUACAGCUUUCCUAAACGUCGAAGAACCAGAUCCUUGUUAUACAUUUACCAAACCGCUAAAGAAGAAAUACGAUGGAUACACCAAACAUGAAGUUGAACUUGCUUGUACUGUAAGCAAUAGUUUGGCAAUUGUUGGAUGGUACAAAGGUACACAAAAACUGGAAGAUGGAGAAAAAUAUCAGAUAUCCAAAGAUCUUAGUGGUGUAUGCCGCCUAACUAUUAAAGACUGUACUUUUGAUGACAUAGCUGAAUAUACUUGCAAACUAGAAAAACAACCUGACAAAACAGUAGCCAAAGUAAAUAUUGUAGAAUACCCUUACAAAUUUGUAAAGGUACUAAAACAUCAACAGCAUGUUGAGAAAGAAAAUAUUACUUUUCUUUGUGAACUCAAUGAUGCUGGUGGUGACGUAAAAUGGUUUAAAGGAGAUCAAGAAAUUGCUCCAGAUAAAAGACUAGUUGUGAGCAAAGAUGGCAGAAAAAGAAAACUGGUAAUAAAAGAUGCCAAAGUAACUGAUGCUGGCAUGUACUCUUGUGUCAGUAACGCAGACAAAACCGAAGCCGAAUUAGUCGUAAAUUAUCUUAACCGCUUUAAUAAAAAGCUUAAAGAUACUGUUGCAGUAGAGCGUGAGAGAUUAGUUUUGGACAUUGAAUUGCAAGAUCAAACAGCUCCAGCGGAAUGGUUUUUCAAUGGAGAACCCAUUGUACCAUCUGAUCGAGUGGAAAUUAAAAACUUGGGAGGUGGCAAGCAUCAACUUAUCUUUAACAAACUUGAUAUGGCUGACGAUGGGGAAAUUAAAGUUAAAUCUGGACAAUUAGAAUCAGGAAUGACACUAAGUGUGAAGAAAGGUGAAAGUGCGCCAAAAAUCAACUUCCCAGCCACUUUUGAAGCACCCAUCAGCCACGCUAUAAGUUUAGAAGUUCCUUAUACAAUUGAGGGAACUAGACAAACGCCACUGGAAGCCAAACUUAUUAAGGAUGGCAAAAUACUUCCUGUUAAGGAAGUGGACUUUAUUAUUGCCGAUGAUAAGGUGACAUUUAAAAUUAAGAAGCCAACCAGAGCUCAAUCUGGUCCCUAUGAAAUCAAGCUAUCAAAUGGACAAGGUGAAGAUGUUCAAAACGUUAAAAUUACAAUGCAAGAUGUUCCUACUCCUCCUCAAGACGUUGACGUUACGGAUAUUUUUCAAACUAACUGUAAAGUUGCAUGGAAAGCACCAGAAGAUGAUGGUGGUAGUCCAAUUCAAAAAUAUGUCAUUGAACGACAAGAUUUGAGUCUUAAAGCCGGAUGGGAUAACGUUGGGGAAGCUAAACCCAACCAGACGAGCUUCAAAGUUGAAGGACUCACCCCUAAGAAACAAUACAAAUUUAGAAUAAGAGCUGUUAAUAAAUUAGGAUCUAGUGAACCUGCCAUGUUCGCAAAACCUGUACUGGCAAAAGACCCAUGGGAUGAACCGAGCAAACCUAAUGGUGUUGAGGUGGUUGAUUGGGAUAAAGAUCACGCUGAUCUUACAUGGAAAGCUCCAGAUAAUGACGGAGGAGCUCCCAUUACUGCAUACAUCGUUGAAUUUAAAGACAAAUUCGGAAAAGACUGGGCUAAGGGUAUUGAAGUUGAGGGAGAUCAAUUUUCAGCUACCGUACCCGGAUUAAAAGAAAACAGUCAAUAUGAAUUUAGAGUAAGGGCUGUUAAUAAAGCUGGUCCUGGUGAACCAAGCGACCCCACCAAACCUAUUAUAGCCAAAUGCAGAUUUGUCAAGCCGUUUAUCAUUGGUGACGACCUUAAAAGCAUCAUUAUUAAAAAAGGUCAAAUUAUUAAAUAUGAUAUCAAAUACGGUGGAGAACCUGAACCAACAGUUCAGUGGUUUUUAGAGGCAAAAGAAAUUAAACCAGAUCCAGAAGAGCGUAUUACAAUUGAUGCAUAUGAAAAAAAUACGAUUAUUACAGUCAAGAGAGCUACUCGUGCCGAUAGCGGAAAGUACCGAUUAGUACUUACUAACAGUUCUGGUACAGUAGAAGGCAAAGCGGAUGUUAUUGUACUGGACAAGCCAACUCCACCUAAAGGUCCAUUAGAACCUGAAGAAAUUCGCGCUGAGCAUAUAACAGUUAAAUGGCAGCGCCCGGAAGAUGCCGGAGGUACCGAACUUACUGGAUACGUACUUGAGAAAAUGGACAUGGAUACCGGACGAUGGGUUUCAGCCGGAGAAGUUGGCCCAGGAGACAGCAAGUUUACUUUUAAAGGUCUUACGCCUAAAAAGAAAUACAAAUUCCGAGUGAGAGCCAAAAAUAAAGAAGGAGAAUCAGAACCUUUAGAGACAACAGAUUUUAUUCUGGCUAAAAAUCCAUACGAUGAACCUGGGGCGCCAGGCAAACCAGAAAUUAUUGAUUAUGACAACAAAAGUGUUACUUUGAAAUGGCCUAAGCCAGAAAAUGACGGUGGAAGACCAAUCACACACUACACCAUUGAAAUGAAAGACAAAUUUUCACCUGAUUGGAGAGAAGUAGCUAAAACACCUGACAGUAACCCAGAAGGAAAGGUAGAAAGUCUAAAAGAGAAUCAGGUUUAUCAAUUUAGAGUUCGAGCACAUAACAAAUCUGGACCCAGUGUUCCAUCUGAACCAACAGAUAACCAUCUCUGCAAGCAUAAAAACUUGAAGCCACGGAUCGAUAGAGAAACAUUUAAAUCAAUUACGAUUAAAGCUGGUCGUACACACAAAUGGGCCGUUGACUUCAUGGGUGAACCCCCACCGGAAGUCAAGUGGGUUUGGAGAGACAACAUUCCACUUACUAAUACUGAACGCAUAAAAAUUGAAAACCAGGAUUAUCACACCGACUUUACUUUACUUAAUGCCGUAAGAAAAGACACGGGAAAAUAUACCCUUAUAAUUGAAAACAUUAAUGGUAAAGAUCAAGAGACUGUAGAAUUGACAGUACUCAGUAAGCCAGGAUCACCAAAAGGCCCUCUUGUCAUUAGCGACGUUACCGCUGAAAAGGCAAAGGUUGGCUUUAAAAAACCGGAAGAUGACGGCGGCAGUCCUAUUAAAGAAUAUGAAAUUGAAAAAAUGGACAUGGCUACAGGAAAAUGGGUACGAUGUGGCAGAGUGCCAGCAGAUAAACUGACACCAGACGGAAAAGGCGAAUUUGAAGUAACAGGCCUAAAUCCGGGUUCUCAAUAUAAAUUUAGAGUCACUGCAGUUAAUAAUGAGGGCGAUUCAGAACCACUUAUUUCAGACGUACCAACAUUAGCGAAAAAUCCGUUCGAUGAGCCUGGUAAACCAGGUGUGCCAGAAAUUGUUGAUUACGACAACAAAGGCGUCGAACUCAAAUGGACAGCUCCAACCAGCGAUGGCGGAUCUCCUAUUGAAAAAUACAUUAUAGAAAAAAAAGAUCGUUACAAGCCAGAUUGGGAAAAAGCCAUUGAAGUCCCAGGAGAUCAACUACAAGCUCGAGUGGAAGAUCUUAAGGAAAGAGGAGAAUACCAGUUCCGUGUUAAAGCUGUUAAUAAAGCUGGUCCUGGUCCACCAUCAGAUGCUUCUCAGAUGCAAAUAAUCAAGCAUAGAGCACUCAAACCCAGAAUCGACCGGACAAAUCUUAAACCUAUCAUAGUUCGUGCUGGAAAACCAAUCAAAUAUGACAUCGAUGUCAGAGGCGAACCUGCACCAACAUGCACGUGGUUCCAGGGUGACACAGAACUCGCAUCCGAAGGAAACGUUGAAAUCAUUAACGUUGAUUAUAAUACCAAGAUAAAUAUCACCAACUCGGUGCGUAAAAACACUGGUCUCUAUAAAAUCAAGGCUGUUAACGAACAUGGCCAAGAUGAAGCUGAAGUAGAGGUUACUGUUCUUUCAUCACCAGGAAAACCAAAGGGUCCGCUCGAAGUAACUGAUGUCACUAAGGGCGGAUGUAAACUUAAAUGGAAGAAACCCGAAGAUGAUGGCGGUCGACCAGUCACUGGCUAUGUGGUCGAAAAGCUUGAUAAGGCAACUGGGAGAUGGGUUCCAGUUGGCAGAACAGGACCAAAUGACACUGAAAUGGAUGUCAAGGGCCUUACUGAAGGCCACGAUUAUGAUUUUAGAGUUAAAGCCGUAAAUGAUGAAGGUGAAUCAGAACCUCUUGAAAGCGAAGGUACCAUUAAAGCUAAAAACCCAUAUGACAUUCCUGGUAAGCCUGGCACGCCAGAAAUUGUCGACUGGGAUGCUGAUAGGGUUGAUCUUAAAUGGACUGCUCCUAAAAGUAGUGGUGGUGCACCAAUCACAGGAUAUGUUAUCGAAAAAAAAGAGAAGUUUUCUACAUCAUGGGAUGAAAUUCUUAGCACUGAUUCUCCCUCAUGUGAUGCUCGAGUACCUGGUCUAAAGGAAGGUAAUACUUACCAAUUCCGCGUAAGAGCUGUUAAUAAAGCUGGACCUGGAGAACCAUCUGAUCCAACUGGUCAACAUGUUGCUAAAGCCAGGCACUUGCGUCCCUGGAUUAACAGAGAAAAAUUGCAUACUGUCAAGGUUCGUGCAGGUCAACUGGUGAAGUUUGACGUAGACGUGAAAGGUGAACCUCCACCGACAUGCUCCUGGAGCUUUGCUCAUAAACCACUGGAAAAUGGGCCAAAUGUUAAAAUCGAUAACGAAGACUACAACACUAAGUUAGUCCUUUCAGACACGAAACGGAAAGAUACUGGUACAUACACCAUCCGUGCCGAAAACGAUUCAGGAUUUGAUGAAGCGCCAGUUGAGGUUAUUAUUCUGGAUAAGCCUGGAAAACCAGAAGGGCCGUUGGAAGUGAGUGAUGUGCAUAAGGAGGGAUGCAAACUCAAAUGGGAUAAACCCAAAGAUGAUGGUGGCCUACCAAUAACAGGCUACGUAUUGGAAAAACAAGAUACUCAAACUGGCAGAUGGGUUCCAGCUGGAUUUGUAGAUCCAGAUAAAACCGAACAUGAAAUAACUGGUUUGGAACCAAACAAGAAAUAUAACUUCAGAGUGAAAGCUGUUAAUGAAGAAGGCGAAUCUGAACCAUUAGAAACGGAUGCUUCAAUUCUCGCUAAAAAUCCCUAUGAUAUUUCUGCACCUCCUGGUUUGCCUGAAAUAGUAGACUGGGAUGAACGUUCAGUUAAGCUUAAGUGGGAAAAACCAGUAAGAGAUGGUGGUGCACCAAUUACUGGAUAUGUUAUUGAAGCCAUGGACAAAUUCACUGGACAGUUCAUGAAGGUUGCUGAAGUAGGACCUCAGUGUCAAGGUACUGUAGGAAAAUUAGAAGAAGGCAAUCAAUAUAAAUUUCGAGUUCGUGCUAUCAAUAAAGCUGGACUAUCAGAGCCUUCUGAACAAACCAACUGGCAUACUGCAAAAGCCAGAUUCUUAAAACCACUUAUUGACCGUACAAAUCUGAAGCCAUUAUCGGUAAAAGCUGGACUUUCGAUAAGCCUAGAUGUCAACAUUCAAGGUGAACCUCCUCCGACAGUUACAUGGCUCCUCGAUGGCCAAGAAAUCACGUCUUCCGAAGAACUGAGAAUCGAUAAUAUUGAUUACAACACCAAAUUUUUCGUACUUCGAUCUAAAAGAUCACAAUCUGGCAAAUAUACUAUUAUUGCUAAGAACGAAGUAGGCGAAGACCAAGCUGACAUUGAAAUUUCCAUUCUUGGAAAACCAGGCACACCAAAAGGACCCCUUGAUGUAACUGAUGUUACCAAGCAUGGCUGCAAGCUCAAAUGGAAAAAACCUGAAGAUGACGGCGGUACUCCAAUUGACCAUUAUGAAAUUGAGAAACUUGAUCCACUAACUGGACAGUGGAUACCUUGUGGAAGGAGUAACGAACCAGAAGCAAACAUUACUGGAUUACAAGAGGGCAAGCCUUAUAAAUUUAGAGUUAAGGCUGUGAACAAAGAAGGGGAAUCUGAACCCCUUGAGACUGAAAAAUCUAUUAUUGCCAAGAAUCCUUUCGACGAACCUAGUAAACCCGGACGCCCUGAUCUUAAAGAUUGGGACAAAGAUUUUGUUGAACUCGCAUGGAAAGCACCAGUUAGUGAUGGUGGCGCUCCUAUACAAAAAUACGUUAUUCAAAUGCACGAUAAAUCCGGUCGAGGUUGGGUUGAUGCUGCAACUGUUCCCGGAGAUAAAACUGCAGGACGCGUUGAGGCUGUAGAAGAAGGCCAUGAGUAUGAAUUCAGGAUAGUAGCUGUGAAUAAAGCAGGACCCAGUGAGCCCAGCGAUCCAUCCAAGCCUGUUAUUGCCAAACCCCGUUUCUUGGCUCCUAAGAUUGAUCGUAAAAAUCUCACCAAAAAAGUACUUCGCCCUGGGCAGCUUCUUCGUCUUGAAGCUGAUGUCAAGGGUGAACCUGCACCAACUGUUACCUGGACACUUAAGGAACAAACUCUUAGAAAUACCGAUAGACUUAAAAUCGAGAACGAGGAAUAUCACACGAGCUUUGUGCUUCAAAAAGUGCAGCGUAGUGACACAGGCUUAUACACAGUUACUGCCAGAAAUGAAUCAGGUGUUGAUACCGUUGAAGUAGAAAUCGCUGUAGUUACUAAACCUGCUAAACCUAAAGGACCUCUUAAGGUAUCUGAUGUUAGUGCAGAAGGUUGUAAGCUUAAAUGGGAAGCCCCAGAAGAUGAUGGCGGCGAACCAGUUACUGGUUAUGUGGUUGAGCGUAUGGAUGUAGAAACUGGUAGAUGGGUUCCAGUUACAACUACAAAAACACCAGAAGCUGAUGUUUCUGGUCUUAAUGAAGGAAAAGACUAUCAAUUUAGAGUGAAAGCUAUCAAUUCCGAAGGGGAAUCGGAACCAUUAGUUACGGAUGAACCAACCACAGCUAAGAAUCCCUACACUGAACCUGAUUCUCCCGGCAAGCCGGAGCUUAAAGAUUGGUGUAAAGAUCAUGCUGAUCUUAAAUGGACUCCACCGAAAAAUGAUGGAGGAGCUCCAGUUGAAAAAUAUAUUAUUGAAAAGAAAGAUCCCAUUACCGGAAAAUGGCACAAGGCAGUUGAAGUUCCUGGAAACAAAACUGAGGCCAGAAUUCCAGAUUUGCAAGAAGGUCAGAAAUAUUCUUUCCGUGUUAAAGCUGUAAAUAAAGGCGGAGAAAGUAAGCCUUCACAACCAUCCGACACAAUUACUGCCAAAGACAGAUUCGUUCCACCAAAGAUUGACCGCAGCACGCUUAAAGAUCUUAUUGUUAAGGCAGGCCAGCAUAUUCGACUGGACGUAAAAGUGUCCGGUGAACCCCCACCGGCCAAGACUUGGUUCCUUAAUAAAGCCCGUAUUGAAAAUCGAGAUGAUAUUAUUGUGGAUAUUGAAGAUUAUAGAACCAAACUUGUAAUUGCGGUUGCCAAGAGGGAACACACCGGCACCUUAGUUUUAAAAGCAGAAAAUAGCUGUGGCAAAGAUGAAGCUAGUAUUGAAAUUAAAGUUCUUGACAAACCAGGAAAACCAGAAGGACCACUUCGGAUUAGUGACGUCCAUAAAGAAGGGUGCUCACUGAAAUGGAAUCCGCCUCUAGAUGAUGGAGGUGUACCAGUUGAAUAUUACCAAGUAGAAAAACUUGAUACAGCUUCUGGCAGAUGGGUACCAGCAGGUCGAGCCAAAGAACCAAAGAUUGAACUAAAUAAUUUGGAACCUGGACAAGAGUACAAAUUCAGAGUUUCAGCAGUUAAUGCUGAAGGUGAAUCAGAACCUCUUGUAGCAGAACAAACCAUUAUCGCUAAGAAUCCAUUUGAUGAACCUGGUGCUCCUGGAACUCCAGAGGUGACUGAUUGGGAUAAAGACCAUGUGGACUUGAGAUGGACUCCACCAGCUAAUGAUGGUGGAUCUCCAAUCACCGGAUAUAUCAUCGAGAAGAGGGAAAAGGGUUCACCAAAAUGGACUAAGGCCGGAGAAACUGGUCCAUAUGAAACAAAGGGAACUGCUGAAAACUUAGACGAGGGUGUCGAAUAUGAAUUCAGGGUAAGAGCUAUCAAUGCUGCUGGACCUGGAGAACCAAGUCAGGCAUCUAAAUCUGUGAUAACUAAACCCAGAAAGUUGGCACCCAAAAUUGAUCGUCGAAACCUCCGUAAUUUGACUAUAAAAGAGGGAGAACCAAUAUACCUUGAUGUGAAAGUUAGUGGUGAACCAGCCCCCGAUGUCACAUGGUACCAAGACGGUCGUACUAUCACCGACACUGCUCAUAAGCGCGUCGACAAUGUACCUUAUAACUCCAAAUUCUUCAACGACAGACCCGAACGUAAGGACACUGGAGUUUACAAAAUUGUCGCCGUUAAUAAGUACGGGCAAGAUCAAGUUGAAAUUGACAUCACCGUCGUUUCUAAACCAGGACAACCUGAAGGUCCAAUAGAGGUAUCCGAUAUUCACAAAGAUGGAUGUACCCUCAAAUGGAAAAGACCAAAAGAUGAUGGAGGUGAACCUAUUGAAAACUAUUUAGUGGAAAAAAUGGAUCCUGCAACGGGGAUUUGGUUGCCGGUUGGUAAAACCUCUGGUGCCAUUCCUGAAAUGCAAGUUGACGGCCUUGUGCCUGGACACGAAUAUAAGUUUAGAGUUAAAGCUUUGAACAAAGAAGGAGAAUCUGAACCUCUAGAAACUGUAGGAACAAUAACCGCCAAAGAUCCUUACACUACUGCCACAAAGCCAGGCACACCGGAACCAGAAGACUGGUCAGCUAAUCACGUGGAUCUUAAAUGGACUGAACCUGCCUCAGAUGGCGGCUCUCCAAUUGUUGGAUAUGUAAUUGAAAUGAAAGAUAAAUACAGCCCUCUUUGGGAAAAAGCUCUUGAAACUACUAGCCCUACUCCAAAAGCAACUGUAACUGGAUUGAUUGAAGGAAACGAGUACCAAUUUAGAGUUAUUCCUAUAAAUGCUGCUGGACCAGGUCCAGCUUCAGAUCCAAGCAAGACAUUCACUGCCAAACCCAGAUUUUUGGCUCCUAAAAUUGAUAGACGCUACUUGCAUGAUGUCACAAUUUCUGCUGGAUCUCCACUUAAAUUUGAAGCUAAUAUUAUAGGUGAACCUGCUCCUAGCGUCGAGUGGCGUUACAACGGUAUAACUCUGAAAAACGACAAAAGAACCAUCAUCGAUAAUCCUGAUUAUAGUACCAAACUGGCCAUUCGCCCAGUUGGCCGUGAUGAUACUGGCCAAUAUACUGUUACAGCAACUAACAGUUCUGGAAAAGAUAUGCAUACCAUUAACGUUACUGUCACGGACAAACCUGCACCCCCACAAGGACCGCUUCAAGUAUCUGAUGUCAAUAAGAAUGGAUGCAAGCUUAAAUGGAAACGUCCAAAAGAUGAUGGAGACUUCGAAGUUACUGGACUUACACCAAACCACGAAUACAAAUUUCGAGUAGCAGCAGUCAACGCUGAAGGCGAAUCCAAACCACUUGAAGCAGAACAAUCUAUUAUUGCUAAAAAUCCAUUUGAUGAACCUGGUCCGCCAGGCCAUCUUAAAGCAACUGACUGGGAUAAGGAUCAUGUUGACUUAGCUUGGACACCGCCAAAGGAUGACGGUGGUUCACCUAUCACUGGCUAUAUUAUCGAAAAAAAAGAUAAAUUUGGGGAAUGGGAAAAAGCUCUUGAAGUUCCAGUUGAUAAACUUAAGGCUACUGUUCCAGAUCUUAUUGAAGGACAGCCCUAUCAGUUCCGAGUUCGUGCAGUUAAUGCGGCUGGUCCUGGUGAUCCCAGCAAUGAAACUCCAUCCAUUAUCGCCAAAGCACGUAAUUUGGCUCCCAAGAUUGACCGAACUAAUCUUAUUGAAGUAAAAAUCCGUGCCGGACAAAGUUUUGCUUAUGAUGUUAAAGUAUCCGGUGAACCAAUGCCCACGACUAAGUGGUUAAUGAAAGAUAAGGAAGUAAAAUCAGGACCAAAUUGUAAAGUACAACAUGGUGAAUAUAACACGAAGAUAUCACUUAAAAAUGCAACUAGGGCAGACUCUGGUACCUACACUGUAACUGCAGAAAAUUCCAAUGGAAAAGAUAUUGCUGAGGUAGAAGUUAUUGUUUUGGAUGUGCCUAGCCCUCCAGGUGGACCCCUUAAGGUAUCAGAUGUACACGCAAACGGAUGCAAGCUUCAGUGGCGACCACCAGCUGAUGACGGCGGACAACCUGUAGAUAGUUAUGUCGUUGAAAAAAUGGAUGAAGCUAGCGGACGGUGGGUACCAGUUGGUGAGACUGACGGACCUCAAACUUCUCUAAAUGUAGAGGGUCUUACGCCUGGCCAUAAAUAUAAGUUUAGAGUUCGGGCUCAAAAUCGGCAAGGCAAAUCUGAACCGCUCACAACAGCUCAAGCAAUCGAAGCUAAAAAUCCAUUUGAUGAACCUGGCAAGACAAGCGCUCCGGAAAUUGUUGACUACGAUAAAGAUUUUGUAGAACUCAAAUGGAAUAGACCAGAAAAUGACGGUGGCUCUCCAAUCACAGGCUACAUUAUUGAGAAACGAGACAAAUUUAAUCCCAACUGGGAUAAAUGCGCCGAAGUCGAAGGUGAUGUCACAAAAGGAAGAGUUAAUGACCUCAUUGAAGGCACACCAUAUGAAUUCCGCAUCAGAGCAAAAAACAAAGCUGGCCCUGGAGAACCAAGUGAUGCCUCCAAAAUUCAUGUCGCCAGACCCAAAAACCUUGCUCCCAAAAUUGACAGAAAUGCUUUCUCAGACCUUAAAGUUAAGGCUGGACAAACCAUUGAGUUCAUUGUUCCUGUAAUUGGUGAACCUCCUCCAAGCAAGGAAUGGAAGCAUAAGGAAGACGUCCUAUUUGGAUCAGAUCGCAUUAAAAUUGUGAAUGAAGACUAUAAAACACAUAUUAGAAUAACUGAAGCACAACGAUCUGAUAGCGGCCCAUACACGCUUACUGUUAAAAACAUUAAUGGUAGAGAUACUGAAACUGUAAAAGUAACAGUUCUUGAUGUACCAGCACCCCCAGAAGGCCCCCUUACAGCUGACAAUGUUACCAAAAACUCAUUGACACUCAACUGGAGACCUCCAAAGGAUGAUGGUGGUUCAGAAAUAUCUCACUACCAAGUGGAGAAGCUCGAUACCGAAAACAUGAGAUGGGUACCUGUGGGAGAAUCAGUCGGAACCUCUUUCCGAGUGCCAAACUUGACAGAAGGCCACGACUAUAAAUUCCGCGUUCAUGCAGUAAACAAACAGGGUGAUUCAGCACCGUUGACAACUACAGAAAGUAUCACCGCCAAAGAUCCCUUCACCAAACCAGACAGACCCGGUGCACCCAAACCCACGGACUGGGACAAAGAUCAUGUUGAUCUUGAAUGGACCCCACCGAGAAAAGACGGGGGUGCCCCCAUUACAGAAUAUAUUAUUGAAAAAAGACCAAGACACGGCACAUGGGAAGAAGCUGCUAGGGUACCUGGAAAAUCUACUGCAGGAACUGUACCAAAUCUAACAGAAGGUGAAGAAUAUGAGUUUAGAAUAAUUGCCGUCAAUAAAGGUGGUAAUAGUGAACCCAGUGAAGCGUCCGUCCCUGUAAUUGCGAAGCCAAGAUUCCUUGCGCCUUCAUUCAAUAAAAGCUUACUUAAUGACAUUACUAUCAGGGUUGGUCAACGAUUUGGCUGGACUAUUCCAAUUGAAGCCUCUCCUAAGCCAACUGCUAAAUGGACUGUCGAUGGAAAGAAAAUUGCAGUAGAUGAUAGAGUUGAUAGUGCUGUUUAUAACAACAAAAUAUCUUUCGAUGUUACAUCAGCAUUGCGUACUGAUUCUGGAAGAUAUACUCUUGAAUUAAGCAACGAUCUUGGUAGCUUCACAGCAUCAGCCCAAGUUAAAGUAUUAGAUAAACCUGGGCCACCACAACCACCUCUUGACGUCGGUAGUGUUACAAAAGAAAGUGCUAGAAUUUCGUGGAGAGCUCCUCUUGAUGAUGGUGGUUCACCAAUCCUUCACUAUAUCGUGGAAAAAAUGGAUGUAUCUCGAGGAACUUGGUCAGAUGCCGGCAUGGCGAAUAUAACUUCCCAUGAUAUUACUAGACUUAUCCAUAAAAAAGAAUACUUCUUCCGAGUGAAAGCAGUCAAUGCUGUUGGUGAAUCUGAACCACUCGAAACACCCAGAAGCAUUAUUGCUAAAAAUGAAUUUGACGAACCCAGUGCUCCAGGAAAACCAGCAGUUACAGACUGGGAUAAAGAUCAUGUUGAUCUUGAAUGGAAACCUCCCAAAACCGAUGGAGGUUCUCCUAUAACAGGCUACAUCGUUCAAAAGAAAGAGAAAGGUAGUCCGUACUGGACUAAUGCCGUUCAUGUCCCAGCUCGAAAAACUAGUUGUACUGUACCAGAUCUAACUGAAGGGCAAGAUUAUGAGUUUAGAGUAAUUGCAACCAACACAGCUGGCCAAAGUGAACCAUCCGAACCUUCUGAUAUUGUUACUGCUAAAGCUAGAUUUUUGGCUCCGAAAAUCAAGACACCACUCAAUGAUAUUCGUAUCAAGGCUGGGCUUAUAUUGCAUAUCGACAUUGACUUUAUCGGCGAACCUUGUCCAGAAGUCACCUGGACCGUAGGUGGCAAACCUUUGGCUGCUGAUGAACGCACCACCGUUACUUCAAUAGGUUACCAUACUGUCAUUCAUACUGUAAACGCUAAGCGUUUAGACAGUGGCUCGUAUCAUAUUUUAAUUAAAAAUAAUUCAGGUAUUGACGAAGGUUCAUUCCAAGUUACCGUUCUUGAUCGUCCUGGAGCUCCACAAGGACCAUUAGAAUAUGAAGAAGUUACUGCUCAGAGCGUAACUUUAUCUUGGAAACCACCCAAAGACAAUGGCGGCAGUGAAAUAACAGGCUACGUUAUUGAGAAGAGAGAUUUGACUCAUGGAGGAGGUUGGGUACCUGCUGUUAAUUACGUAAACCCCAAAUACAAUCAUGCUAUCGUACCAAGAUUAUUGGAAGGAACCAAAUAUGAAUUUAGAGUGUUUGCUGAGAAUUUGCAGGGACGUUCAGAUCCUCUUGACACAGAAAAACCUAUAGUAGCCAAAAAUCAAUACGAUGUCCCUGGAAAACCUGGGAAGCCAGAACUUGUGGAUAGCGAUAAGGAUCAUAUUACAAUUAAAUGGUCUGCUCCUAUCAGUAAUGGUGGAUCACCUAUUCUCGGCUAUGAUAUUGAACGCCGUGACCGAGCUACUGGCAGAUGGGUCAAAUUGAAUAAAGAACCAGCCAGAGGUCAAGAAUAUUAUGACGACAGGGUCCAAGAAGGACAUCAAUACGAAUAUCGAGUUUCAGCAGUUAACGCGGCUGGUAACGGCAAACCCAGUGACACUUCUAAUGUCUUUAUUGCUAAACCAAUGAAAGAAAAACCAAAACUAUGGCUUGAUGGAAUAAUCGGCCGAAAGAUUAAGGUACGAGCAGGCGAACCCAUCAACAUUGACAUUCCUUUGACUGGAGCUCCAGCGCCUAAGAUUGAAUGGAUCAAAAAUAAACUGAAAGUACCUGAAAGUAGCAGAGUAUAUACUGAAACCAACAGUGAGCAUACACGUUUUCGGGUUGAGACAUCGAACAGAGGUGAUGCUGGAAUUUACACUGUUAGGGCCAAGAACGAAUUUGGUGCUGACGAAGCUGACAUUGAGGUUAUUGUAGUAGAUAAACCGGGAAUGCCCAAAGGUCCAUUGCAAUAUACCGCAACCACACAAGACACCGUUUCCCUAUCAUGGAAUCCACCUGACGAUGAUGGUGGUGGUGAAAUCACUGGAUAUAUUGUUGAAAUUUCUGAAUACGGAACCGAUAGCUGGCGUCCAUGCCCAGGUUUCUGUCCAAGACCAUCUUUCACUGCUCGAGGUCUUACCGAAGGAAAGAAAUACGUGUUUAGGGCUAGAGCUGAAAAUAUUUAUGGAGUGUCAGAGCCUUUAGAAGGUAAGCCUGUUAUUGCGAAGAGUCCAUUUGACCCACCAGGAGCGCCAAGUCAACCAGAAAUAACUGGAUACACUCCAAACUCCUGCUCACUUAAAUGGAAUCCACCAGUAUCAACCGGUGGCAAGCCCAUCACUGGAUAUAUCGUUGAAAAACGUGAACGUGGAGGUGAUUGGGUGAAAGUUAAUAAUUAUCCAACACCAAAUGCUCAAUACACAGUUCAAGAUUUACGUGAAGGCAAUAAAUAUGAAUUCAGAGUAACGGCUGUAAAUGAAGCUGGCCCCGGAGAGCCUAGUAGACCGACAGAACCAAUUAUUGCUCAGCAUCAAAGAUUUACACCGUCUGCCCCAGAACCACCAAAGGCUGAUAGAAUUACAAAAGAUAGUGUAACUCUUUCUUGGAGACCACCCAAAAGCGAUGGUGGCUCAAAAAUCAAAGGAUAUAUUCUGCAACAACGUCCAAAAGGCAGAGAUGACUGGACUGACGUUAAUUCGCUUCCAAUCAAUGACACGGUUUACACUGUUCCUAAGCUGAAGGAGGGUGAAGAAUACCAGUUUAGAGUUAUUGCUGAAAAUGAUGUUGGCAGAUCUGAUCCAAGCAGGCCUAGCAAUCCAAUAUUGAUUGAAGAGCAGGCUAACAAACCAUGUAUGGAUUUGGGUGGCGUUCGUGAUAUAACAGUACGCGCUGGAGAAGACUUCAGCAUUCACGUUCCGUAUGUUGGGUUCCCCAAGCCAACCGCCUCAUGGUUCGCCAAUGAUAAAGUUCUGGACGAAUCUGACAAUCGCGUUUUCCCACAACUGGCUGACGACUACGCUAGUAUUAUUGUCAAGAAUUCUAAACGUUCCGACACUGGUCAAUACCGUCUACAACUAAAGAAUCCAUCUGGUUUUGAUACUGCUACGAUUAACGUUAAAGUACUUGAUAGACCUGGCAAACCAGAAAAUCUUAGAGCUGAUGAAUUUGCAGGCGACGCGCUUACACUAUAUUGGCAACCACCAAAAGAUAACGGAGGAGCUGAUGUUACCAACUACAUCAUUGAAAAGAAAGAAGCCAAAUCAUCCGCCUGGACCAAGGUCAGUAGUUAUGUCACUGUUCCAUUUGUAAGGAUUCGGAAUUUGACGCUUGGCAAAGAAUACGACUUCAGAGUUAUCGCUGAAAACCAAUAUGGUCAAUCAGAACCAGCAGUAACAUCCGAACCCAUUCGAGCCAGACAUCCAUUUGAUCCUCCAGGAGCUCCUGGUUCUCCCAGGGGGAUUGAGACUACCGAGGAUUCUAUUACCCUUCAGUGGUCCAAGCCUCGUCAUGAUGGUGGAUCUCCAAUCACAGGCUAUGUUGUUGAAAAACGACUUAUUACCGAAGAUAAAUGGACCAAAGCUUCUCACGCUUUGGUUCCAGACCUCAACCUCAAAGUAAUCAACCUUAUUGAAAAUCAUGAAUAUGAAUUUAGAGUGGCCGCUGUAAACGCUGCUGGGCAGGGACCAUGGAGUUCCGCGUCUGAUGCUAUUUGUGCAAGAGCAGCACCAUCUGCGCCUAAAAUUACAUCAGAUUUGAGCAUCCGCGAUAUUGUUGUUAUUGCUGGGGAAGAACUAAAGAUUACUGUGCCGUACGUAGCAACACCUAAGCCUAAAGCUACUUGGACUAUAAACGGCGAUGAAGUUUCCGCUGACAAUAGAGUUAAACUAGAAACCAAUGAUAUCGCAUCUGUAUUCUAUAACAAAUCCGCUAAACGUUCAGAUACUGGAAGUUAUACUAUCAAACUUACCAACUCAAUGGGAUCAGACUCUGCUUCUUGUAGAGUACUCGUUGUCGACAGGCCUCAGCCACCUCAAGGUCCUCUCGAUAUUUCUGAUGUUACUCCAGAUAAUUGCUCACUUGCAUGGAGGCCCCCAUUGGAUGAUGGUGGUUCUCCUGUAACAAAUUACAUUGUUGAAAAAUUAGAUACGAAUGGCAUUUGGGUGAAAGUGAGUAGUUUUGUGCGCAACACUCAUUACGACGUUAUGAGCCUUGAACCUAACAAAAAAUAUAGCUUUAGAAUCAGAGCCGAAAAUCAAUAUGGUAUAAGCGAACCUCUUGAAAGUGCCGAACCAGUAGUUGCUAAAUAUCCAUUUACAAUUCCUGAACCCCCAGGUCCACCGCGUGUCGUUGACUGGGAUAGUAACACCAUCAAUUUGGCAUGGGACAAGCCAGCUCACGACGGCGGUUCCCGAAUCCAAGGUUACAAACUGGAAUUCCGUGAUGUACGCGAUACUAACUGGGUUAGCGCUAGUGAUUACCUCAUUAAAGAUACUCAUUUUGACCUCUAUAACAUGAUAACUGGACAAGAAUAUGAAUUUAGAGUACGUGCUAAGAAUGCAGCAGGCUUCAGCAAACCGUCAGCAUCUUCAUCUCGAUUCAAGCUGAAGGGCAAAUUUAAUAUACCAUCUUCUCCACGCAAUCCUAAAGUGACAAAUGUUGGCAAAGGUUAUGUUGAUCUAACCUGGGAACCACCAAGCUCGGAUGGAGGAUCAAAGAUCACCGGUUAUCUUAUUGAAAAGAGAGAAAUUGGAAGCCCAAUAUGGAACAAAUGCAACGAUUAUAAUGUUAGUGAUAUUAACUUCACUGUUAUGAAUCUGCAAGAUAGAUCUGAGUACGAAUUCAGAAUAUCUGCAAUUAAUGCAGCUGGAAAGAGCGAACCUAGCAGCUGCACAGCGCCAGUUAAAGUCUGUGAAGUUCUUGGAGGAGAAAAACCCGAAUGGUUGAGAAGACUACAAAAUACAUCAGCACCACUUGGAAAGUCAGUCAGUUUGGAAUGUGAAGCCUCCGGAAAGCCAGAGCCAAGAUUCCGCUGGUUAAGAAAUGGACGCGAAAUCCAAGGUGGAGGGCGAUUUAGAUAUGAAACUAAAGCAGGUACGUCCUGGUUGCAUAUAUCCGAUCUAUUGGACGUUGAUGAUGGAGAAUAUACCUGCGAGGCUAGCAACUCUCUUGGGACUAUAACCACAACGGCACGCCUUAAGAUUGGAAAUCCGCCACGAAUCGAUAGGCUACCAGGAGAUUUAUACCUUACUGAAGGUGACAAUACUAAAAUCAAGAUUUAUUACUCUGGAGAUCAGCCUUUAGAUGUAACCCUUUCUAAGAAUGGGCAGAAGAUUGAUGACGACUCACAUGUCAGAUUUACCGUUUUUGAUGACUAUAUUAUAAUCUUUAUAAGAGAUAUCAAGAAAACUGAUGCCGGUAACUAUACUGUUACCGUAAAGAAUGACAGUGGAAGCGCCUCAGGUAGUUUCGCAGCUUAUAUCACUGGAUUACCAGGACCACCAAAUGGACCAUUAGAAACUACCGAUAUUACGAAACAUACUUGUACAUUAUCUUGGAAACCUCCAAGUUAUGAUGGAGGCCUUCGAGUUACUCAUUAUGUAGUAGAAAGAAAAGAUAUAACUGGCACUCACUGGAUAACUGUAUCUAGUUCCUGUAGAGAUACUCAUUUCACUGUUCAAGGACUAACAGAAGGUCAAGAAUAUUUAUUCCGUGUAUUGGCUGUUAAUGAUAAUGGGAUGGGACCACCACUAGCAGGAGUUAAUCCUGUUAGAGCCAAAGCACCAUUUGAUCCACCAGGACCACCUGGUAUCCCAGUUGUUACUCAAGUUGGUGGAGACUUUGCCAACUUAGAAUGGACCAAACCAGAACAUGAUGGCGGCGCUCGCGUACAAGGAUACUGGAUAGAUAAACGUGAAGUUGGGCAACUAGCUUGGCAACGUGUCAACCUAUCCCUUUGUUUACCAACCCAAAUUAACAUUUCAAAUCUAAUUGAAGGCAGACAGUAUGAAUUUAGAGUUUUUGCUCAAAAUAUUGCAGGAAUUUCAGAACCAUCAUCUGCUUCUUCAUCUGUUGUUAUCAAAGAUCCUCUAGCACCGACACCACCUGAAAUUAUCAAACCUCUUAAAAAUGCACAGUGCAUACAGAAUCACAACGCUAAAUUUGAAUGUACUAUUAUUGGUGUACCAUCUCCGAACAUCACAUGGUAUAAAGGAGCCAGAGAAAUCACUAACGGCUCGCGAUACCAUAUCUACAGUGAGGGUGAAGUCCACCACUUGGUCAUCCAUGAUGUAUUUGGAGAAGAUGCCGAUGAAUAUGUUUGCAGAGCUUCGAACAAAGCUGGUGUGAAAUCAACAAGAGCUGAACUGUUGAUAAUGACUGCUCCUAAAUUGAACAUUCCACCAAGAUUCCGUGAUAGUGCAUACUUUGACAAGGGUGAAAAUGUCAUUGUUAAGAUUCCAUUUACUGGAUUCCCCAGACCAAAGAUUACUUGGGUCAGAGAAGGCGAAGUAAUCGAAUCUGGUGGUCAUUAUCACGUGGAAGUGAAAGAUAGGCAUGCUAUUCUAACCAUUCGUGACGCCAGUAAAUUAGAUAGUGGACCAUAUAGAAUAACAGCUGAAAAUGAGCUUGGCCAAGAUACUGCGAUUAUUAAGAUUCAAAUAGCUGAUCGUCCAGAUCCGCCAAGAUUCCCUGCAAUUGACAACAUUGGUACUGACUCAUUAGCGUUAACAUGGAAAGCCCCUGUUUGGGACGGCGGCAGCAAUAUUACUAACUACAUGGUAGAGAGAAGAGAACAUCCACUUUCCACAUGGAUAAGAGUAGGAAAUACUCGCCUUACAACAAUGGCUGUUAGCGGUUUAACUCCUGGGCAUCAGUAUGACUUUAGAAUUUACGCUGAGAACAUUUAUGGUAGAUCCGAUGCAUCUGAAGUCAGCUCCUUGGUAACAAUGAAGGACACAAUUAAAAAGAAGAUUGAAAAGAAGAAAUACGAAGUUGACGAAAGUGGCAAAAAGAUUCGCGAAUCUCAUAAGGAGCCAAUCAAAGAUUAUGAUAAUUAUGUAUUUGAUAUUUAUUCUAAAUUUGUGCCCCAACCUGUUGAAAUCAAAACUAAAAGCGUUUACGAUGAUUAUGACAUUUUGGAAGAAAUUGGAACUGGAGCUUUCGGUGUGGUACAUCGUUGCCGUGAGAGAAAGACUGGAAAUAUAUUUGCUGCUAAAUUUAUUCCGGUAUCUCAUGCUAUGGAAAAAGAGCUUAUUCGUAAGGAAAUUGAUAUCAUGAAUCAACUGCAUCAUCCUAAACUCAUUAAUCUUCACGAUGCAUUUGAAGAUGAUGAUGAAAUGGUAUUGAUCUACGAAUUCUUAUCUGGAGGAGAAUUGUUUGAGCGGAUCACAGCCGAAGGAUAUAGCAUGUCCGAGGCUGAAGUUAUUAACUAUAUGAGACAAAUCUGCGAAGGCAUUAAGCACAUGCAUGAAAAGAACAUUAUUCAUCUUGAUAUCAAACCCGAAAACAUCAUGUGUCAAACACGCAAGGGUACCAAUAUUAAACUUAUCGAUUUUGGUUUAGCCACUAAAUUAGAUCCAAAUGAAGUUGUUAAAAUAUCCACUGGUACUGCAGAAUUUGCUGCUCCCGAAAUUGUAGAGCGCGAACCAGUUGGUUUCUACACAGAUAUGUGGGCGGUUGGUGUAUUGGCAUACGUAUUGCUCAGUGGGUUAUCACCAUUUGCUGGAGAAAACGAUAUUGAAACUUUGAAGAAUGUUAAGGCCUGCGACUGGGACUUCGACGAAGAAGCUUUCACUAAUGUGUCGGAGGAAGGAAAGGACUUUAUAAGACGAUUGUUAUUAAAGAACAAAGAAAAACGUUUAACUGCACAGGAAUGUUUGUUACAUGCCUGGCUCGCUGGAGAUCAUAGCGAUAGAACGAAGACAAUCGAUCAAUCCAAAUAUCUGCACAUGCGUGACUGGAUCCGUGCCAAAUAUGACGCCUGGGAUUCAUUUGGUUUGCCAAUUGGUCGUCUUUCAGAAUAUUCUUCAUUGCGCAAAUUACUUAUUGACAAAUAUAAGAUCCAUGACACUUACUUCGAUCGCAGACAAGCCGCUCCACGAUUUGUUAUUAAACCACAAAGCGCUUUCUGUUAUGAAGGACAAAGUGUCAAAUUCUACUGCAGAGUUAUUGGCGUUGCUGCACCAACUGUUAGUUGGUACCAUAACAAUGUUGAACUUAGACAGAGCGUUAAAUUCAUGAAGAGAUACUCCGGUGAUGAUUAUUACUUCAUUAUCAAUAGAGCUAGGUUACAAGAUCGUGGUGAAUUUAUUAUAAGAGCAGAAAAUCAUUAUGGAUCUAGAGAAGAAGUUGUAUUCCUUAACGUUAAACCUGUACCUAAAGUUGUUCCGGAAUACAAACCAGAAGCACCACUUAUUCGAAGACGUGAGCCUCUACCAUAUACAUUUUGGCAAGAGGAACAAGAAUGUGCUCCUAGUUUCACAUUCUUACUUAGACCUCGUGUUAUGCAAGAACGAGAUACUUGCAAGCUAUUGUGUUGUCUUAGUGGUAAACCGUUCCCCACUGUGAAAUGGUACAAGGAUAAAGUGGAACUUAGCAAAUACGACUAUUCUAUGUCACAUUCUGAUGGUGUCAUAACUAUGGAAAUUCAAGGUUGCAGGCCUUCAGAUUCUGGGAAAUAUACUUGCGUUGCCACUAAUCCCCAUGGACAAGAUGAAACAUCUUGUGUGGUAAUUGUCGAGGGAGUAACAAGUACUGAAGAACAAACGAAAAUGGCUGAAAGAAUAUUGCAUUCUGGCGAUAGAAAAUAUAUUGAACAUCCCAUUAAACCUGCACCCAUUCCAGUUACCAUUAAAAAACAAGUAACACAGCCCACUCCGAUUCAACCCCGUUCAGCCAAUGCAAGUACCAACAGUCUUGCACAUUCCUCUUCAACACUAAGCGUGGGUGAUGGAGAUAAAAGAACAUCAAGGAAAUAUGGUAGAUUAGAUUCCACAGGGAGCCCCAACAGGUCACGAAGUGCUACCAAAGAACUUGCACUUCCUCCAGAUUCAUCAAUGGGCCCACCCAAAUUCACUAAAGGACUGAAAGAUGUAUCAGUAAACGAUGGUGAUAGUUUAACUUUAACCGCACAUGUACAAGGAGAUCCAGAACCUCAAGUUGUAUGGACUAAAGAUAAUAAACCUCUAAGCUCGUCAGAAGUAAUUGAUCUCAAAUACAAAAAUGGCAUUGCAAAAUUACACAUCAACGAAGUAUACCCAGAAGACGGAGGGAACUAUGUAUGUAAGGCAACCAAUUCAAUGGGAACAGCUGAAACUACUUGCAAGCUUAGUAUUAAACCAACGGCAAACCAAACUAAUGGAAAAAAGAAAACUGAAGACAAGCCACCAACAAUAGUGAGCCAUCUAGAAUCAGCAUUUGUAAAAGAUGGAGAACCGGUAACGAUUUCUUGCCGUAUAAUUGGAGCUGAUAAAUUUGAUGUUAUUUGGCUACAUAAUAACAAGGAAAUUAAGCCAAGUGAAGACUUCCAAUACGUGAACGAAGCCCAUAUUUACAAACUUAUAAUCGCUGAAAUCUUCCCCGAAGAUGCAGGAGUAUAUACUUGUGAAGCAUUCAAUGACGCAGGGGAGAGCUUCAGUAGUUGUACAUUAAACGUGGCAGUUCCCGGCGAACAACUUAAGAGUCCUGUGUUCAAAACAUUCCCGAUUUCCGCGACAGUUUCAGAAAGUGAAGUUGCCACCUUUGUUGCUGAAACUGAAGACGAACCUCUGCAAAUAAGCUGGCUGAAAGACGGCAAACAAAUUAAAGAGAGCAGCGCUAAAUAUAAAUUCACCGCUGAUGGAAAACGAUAUACUUUACAAAUAGUAUCCUGCGAUACGAACGAUAUAGGCCAAUACCAGGCAAAGGCCAUUGGUAAAAAGGGAGAAACGUUUGCGGCGUUCUCACUUAACGUUGUUCCACCUGGUCAGCUAUGAGCUCUGACUAAAUUGCUAGCAAAUUAACGAACGACUUGCUCCAUUGAUCAUGUACAUUGUAUAAAAAAUUAUUUGUAACAGAUUUUGUAUAAAACAGUACCUACCAAAUAAAAAAAUGUCUUUCGUAAAAUCAUUUCUUGGGACGAAUUUGGCAUCCUCAAUUUUUACCAUCACCGCAAAGGCGCCACAAGAAAUGUCUUGCGUUAUACAUUUUAUUCGACUCGAGCCCCAAACGUACUUUCCGUCGUUUCCGAAUCGAGAUACAAAACUUACCGAUUAUUUUUAUUUAAAAUUUUAAAAUGAAUGGAAAAAGAUUAUUUAUUUUAGUGUGAGAAUGCUUGAGCCAUCUUUUCAUUGAAGACAUCAUUGUCCACUAUUUAAGUUUCAUACAUAUGCAUUAUUGCUUAAGCAAAGCCGAACCAAACACUGUAUCAUAUAAUGUAAAAAAUAAAUCUAUAAUUUUUAAUUUUUCUUUG